AUGCUCCUCACCACCAGCAUCACUCAGUCCGAGCAAGUGUUGAACGUCAAUCUCGGCUACACCGUGGUAUCCACCGUGGCUUCAUACUUGGGUGCGACCCAGAUUGAGAGAAUGGGCCGCCGCCCAACCAUCAUCUGGACAGCAGUCGCCUGUUCGAUAUGCAUCGCGUGUAUUACGAUCGGCUCGAGGCUGUACGCUCAUACUCAUGCCCCGCCAGCGGCUUCCGCUGGGAUUGCAUUUAUCUUCAUCUUCGGAUUCUGCUACAACUUUGGCAUGACACCGCUGCAAGCGUUAUACCCAGUCGAAGCCCUGUCCUACGAGACUCGCGGCAAGGGCGUUGGUCUCACAUUCUCCAUCGCCCAUCUAUUCACUCUUCUCAACCAGUUCUGCUUCCCUGUGGCCCUUCAAAAGAUUGGUUGGUAUACUUACAUCGUCUUCAUUGCUUGGGAUCUCUUUGAAGCAACCGUGAGCUACUUUGUUUCAGUCGAAACUAAAAAUCACACCUUGGAGGAAUUGACCGAGAUUUUUGAGAGCCCGAAUCCUGUAAAGGCUUCCCUGCAAAAGCCGCUCCGCUGA